UGUCAGAAACAGUUGAUUAUAAUGUCAGUACUGUCCAAUUUACAGGCUUAAAGCAGCAGCUGCAUCCUGCAUUUUCCCUGAAGUAUUCAAAGAUCCUGACUCUUAAAAACUUUGUAGUUCUUGUAAUAGAAGUGGGAUAUCAUGAUUUGGACAAAUGGUACGAGUCUCUAUACCAGAUUUUUUAUGUGGCUUCUCCUGUAUAUGUUCAUCAGGAAGGUAAUGGCUGAAGAUAACAUCAUUACAACCACGAAAGGCAGAGUCAGAGGGAUGAACCUGCAGGUACUGGGGGGGACUGUGACAGCCUUCCUUGGAAUACCUUAUGGACAGCCACCCAUUGGUAGACUGAGAUUUCAAAAACCAGAACCUCGUGAGAAGUGGUCAGAUGUCUGGGAUGCCACAAAACACGCAAACUCUUGUUACCAGCUUCUAGACACAACUUACCCCGGAUUUCCUGGAUCAGAGAUGUGGAAUCCAAAAACUCACCUAAGUGAAGACUGCUUAUACCUUAAUGUAUGGAUUCCUUCUCCCAAACCCAAGAACGCAACGGUCAUGGUGUGGAUAUAUGGUGGUGGCUUUGAGACUGGGUCAUCUUCCCUACCGGUCUAUGAUGGCAAGUUUCUGGCCAGGGUAGAAAGAGUCAUUGUAGUUUCCAUGAACUACAGGACUGGUGCAUUAGGAUUUUUGGCUUUGCCAGGAAACCAGGAAGCUCCUGGAAAUGCAGGUUUGUUUGAUCAAAGACUGGCACUUCAGUGGGUCCAGGAGAACAUAGCAGCCUUCGGAGGCAAUCCGAAGAGUGUGACUAUAUUUGGAGAGAGCGCUGGCUCCGCCUCUGUCAGCUACCAUAUCCUUUCUCCUAAAAGCCAUCCUUUAUUCACAAGAGCCAUCAUGCAAAGUGGAGCUGCAAAUGCCCCUUGGGCUGCAGUAACAGCAUCUGAAGCCAGAAACAGAACGUUGGCUUUAGCUAAACAACUCCAGUGUCCCACCAGCAAUGAGACAGAGCUAAUUCUCUGCCUCCAAGACAAGGACCCAAAGGAUAUACUGGAGAAUGAAAUUUUUGCUGUAACAUAUGACUCUAUUUUACGAAUAUAUUUCUGUCCAACUGUGGAUGGUGAUUUUCUCUCAGACAUGCCAGAAACGUUGAUUGAGAAUGGCCUUUUCAAACAAACACAGAUCUUAGUCGGUGUUAAUAAAGAUGAAGGAUCAGCAUUUCUAGUAUAUGGAGUCCCUGGCUUCAGCAAGGAUAGUGAUAGCUUGAUCAAUAAAACACAGUUUGAAGCAGCUUUAUCUGUGUCCUUCCCAGAAGCAAGCCAACUUGCAAUAGAAUCAAUCAUUUUUCAGUACACAGAUUGGGAAAAUGAGCAAAAGCCAGAACAUUACCGUGAUGCCAUGGAUGAUGUUAUUGGUGACUACAAUAUCAUAUGUCCUGCGGUGGAAUUCACCAAAAAGUUUGCACAAUUAGGACACAACGCAUUCUUUUAUUUCUUUGAACACCGAUCCUCAAAGCUCCCUUGGCCAGAGUGGAUGGGAGUAAUGCAUGGUUAUGAGAUCGAGUUCGUGUUCGGAUUGCCCCUAGAGAGAAGAGUGAAUUACACCAAAGCUGAAGAAAUUUUAAGCCGGUCCAUGUUGAGAUACUGGGCAACUUUUGCGAAAACCGGAACUCCAAACGGGACCCUGACCAAUGGAACAAGAUGGCCAGUCUUCACUAGUGCUGAACAAAAAUAUUUGACAUUAAAUACCGACACUUCAGAGAUACUGACAAAGUUGCGUGCUCAGCAGUGUCGAUUCUGGAAUAUUUUUUUUCCCAAAGUCCUGGAAAUGACAGGAAAUAUUGAUGAAGCAGAACGAGAGUGGAAAGCAGGAUUCCAUCGCUGGAACAAUUACAUGUCAGACUGGAAAAAUCAAUUUAAUGAUUACACUAGCAAGAAGGAGAGAUGUGCAGGCUCUAAUUAAUAUGUUUACCCCGUCCAGUAUGUCCGUAUUACUGCUCAUCAGGCAAAUAUACAGGUAGCUUUCUGACACAUCUAGCAUUAAAUACAUUAUGUGGAUUAAAAAAAAAUGUUAUGGAUAUAAUUUUGAUUCCCCAGAUCUUUCAUUUAUAUUUUACCUCAUAUCUCAAUAAACAAUAGAAGGCAUCCGUACCCUUUGAAGCUUCCCUGUGUUAAAUAGGACUAUAGAGAUUAAAGUCUGAAGAUUAAUGAUGUACAUAUUAUUAUAAACACUAGCUGCUUAAAUUCACACUUCAAAGAAACAAUGUAAUCUGUUAUAGAAAAAUGGAUUUUUUAUUUUUUUUUAAAUAGAAAUAGCCAUGCAAAACACAAUCGGGUAUGAUGUUUAACUGCAAUGCCACCGCACUUAAACCUUGCUUCAGACAUAAUUUAAUUGACAUAAACAUAAAGAGAUAAUAACUUUGCUGGGCACACCAAAUGAUAUUUGCUUGUUAGACCCAAAAGUUUUAAGACUGCCAUUAAAGCCCAAAUCAUUGCGUCUUUAUGGCCAAAUCUGCAGAACAAAGCCAUAGUAGGAAGGUAUUCAAAUUGUGUACUGAAGGCCUAAAUCAUCGGCAAUCUGUGUGCAAGCACAACUGCAAAACAAGCCAGAAAAACUGGAGCCUAUGCUUCUGCUUUCCUUAUUUUUCAAGGAGUAAAGACCUACAGAUUCACAAACACAUCUUUCUCUGCUCAGGCACCCAAUGGUAAGGAGAAAAGCUCCAAUUAUAGUAUGUUUUGUCCGCUGAGUUGUGACCUAGUUGAGGGACAGCCCCAUGUUUACUGGAACAUGUCAGGCAAUUUUUAUAUCUGCAGAAGAUCAUUGCUCUGCAUGUCAGCAGGUUCAUCAGCAUUCAGCCAUGAACGCCCAGCUCAGCCAGCCAGCUCUCCGCAGGACAGUGGGACCUGGCCGCAAAGCCCUUGCUCCUCUUGGGGAAGGAUGUCACUGCGGAGGGACACUGUGACCUUGGUGGGAAGGAACCGGCUCUUUGACAUGGUCAAGUGAGCUCUAGUUACCAUGCAAGUAGGCAUCUCCUGGACCCCUUGCUACCUACUUGAGCCAAAUCUAUUAGAAGCAUCUAAAAAAAAAAAAAAAAUCCGAACAACCCUUGGAUCAUUCUUCUUCCUACUUCCCUGCUUCUGGAUGGGGUUGGAAGUUUUAUGCCUGAAUAACACCUUAAUUGGCUGCUUUUCAGCGGCCCAACUGGGAAGAAUAAAUGCCAAAAAAAUUGAUAAACAUAAGGAGUAUGUAAAAGCAACAACCCAUCUCAUAAAUAAAUUAUUCUGAAGCUUUCUGUUAAUGUAAUAGCAUUACAGUGCAUCUAUUUUCUGUUGUAGUGAUUGCGAGCUCUUGCAAAAUUCCUUCUUGAACUGAGCAGACUGAAGAGAUCUAGAUAAUGAACAGAGAGUCUUCUCUUUCUGGCCAUCAUUUUGACCACACAGGAUACCUACACUGCAAGGAUUUAUUUUUGCAGAAAGGCCAAGUUCUGCAAGAGAUGAUGGUUAUUUCUAAGAGAAUACAAUUAUUUCCUGACUAAAUUAUGGAAAGCCACCUUUUAGCACAGUAUUUCCAGAGAACACAAUCAAAGCUGCGCAAUCAAAAAACCCAGUUCUUUUUUGAGCAUGCUGAUUAAAACUUGAAGUUAUCUGGGAUUUAAAAGCCCUCUUCAUGCAGCACUUCAUGUUUAUACCACAGGUAAUUAGUUCAUUACAUACAUUAGCAUAGUUACCGCUAUUAAUAUCUGCAUGGAGAGCUGCGUCAAUCCACAGUGUAUUGGUUAUUUAUCGGGUAUUCCUCGUGCCAGUGAUGAGCUGCUAGAAAAACACAGAGGGAUGAACUUUCUGUCCAUCACUGAGCCCAUUCUGGCCCUCCCCGUUUUAUUCAUGUGCUGUGUCUCAGGGUGCUGAUCUACCACAGUGAGCUUUGACAGCAUCAGCAACACCCAGGCACGAUAAAAGCAGUAUUUGUCUCUUUUGCUAUCCUCUUCUUAACUAUAUUUCACUGUCUAAUCAGCCUAAUCAAUGGGGGGAAAAAAACCUUGAGCUAAUUAAAAUACAGAAAUAACCUUUGGGAAGGGCGAAUUGUAAAGCAGUUUGUAAAAUAUUUUGCUGGGAAGGUGUCCUUUGUCUGUACGUACCGUGAGCUAGGGUGGAUAACGGCUAUUUGAAGGCAAAUAUCCUUUCCACAGUAUGCAUACCAUGCCUGUGAUCUUCCUAAGAAGGAAUGAGGGUGAAGAGGAAAGAAAAGCAGAUUAAAAUAAAGGUUAAACAACUUUUUGAAGUGUGGUUUUAC